AUGCAGAUGUACAAGUUUAAACUUAUAUCCCAGGCAUAUGAAGUUCUGUCGGACCCAAAGAAAAGGGACCUCUAUGACCAGGGUGGGGAGCAGGCUAUUAAAGAAGGAGGCCUGAGUGGCGGCAGCUUCUCUUCACCCAUGGACAUCUUUGACAUGUUCUUUGGUGGUGGAGGCCGAAUGAAUAGAGAGAGAAGAGGCAAGAAUGUUGUACACCAGUUAGGUGUAUCUCUUGAAGACUUAUAUAAUGGUAUUACAAGGAAACUGGCACUGCAGAAGAAUGUUAUUUGUGGAAAGUGUGAAGGUUAUGGCGGAAAGAGAGGGGCAGUGGAGAAGUGCCCUGUGUGUAAAGGAAGAGGAAUGCAAGUUAUAGUUCAGCAGAUUGGACCUGGCAUGGUACAACAAAUCCAAACUGUGUGUCCAGAAUGCAAAGGCCAAGGUGAAAGAAUAAAUCCAAAGGACAGGUGUGACAACUGCAAUGGCUGUAAGGUUGUAAGAGAAAAAAAGAUCAUAGAAGUUCAUGUUGAUAAAGGCAUGAAAGAUGGUCAGAAGAUAGUAUUUCAUGGAGAAGGUGACCAGGAGCCUGAUCUGGAGCCUGGCGAUGUUAUAAUUGUGCUUGAUCAAAAGGAUCAUAGUGUCUUUCAGAGGCGAGGGCAUGACUUAAUCACAAAAAUGAGAAUUCAGCUCUCAGAGGCUUUAUGUGGUUUCAGAAAGACCAUUGAAACUCUGGAUAACAGAGUUCUUGUUAUAUCAUCUAGGCCAGGUGAAGUGAUAAAACAUGGUGACCUGAAGUGUAUCUACAAUGAAGGAAUGCCUGUCUACAAAUCUCCAAUGGACAAAGGCAGCUUAAUUAUACAAUUUCUGGUCCAGUUCCCAGAGCACUACUGGCUCCCAAGGGAGAAACUGAGUCUGCUGGAGGCCCUGCUUCCUCCACGAGAAGAUGUUAUGAUUACGGAUGAGAUGGAUCAGGUAGACCUUGAAGAUUUUGAUCCAAGUGAGCAAACCUACCGUAACAGUGGGGGAGAGGCAUAUGAAGAAGAUGAGGAGGGUCCAAGAACAGGAGUACAAUGUCAGACAUCUUAAAGCAAGGUGAAGUGGAUGUCAUCUAAAAUGUAAAUUUUCACAAUGAAAACUGCAUGGCUGUAAUAGCCACUGCUUGUGGUUUUUGUGUUCAGCAAAUUGAGUUGCUGCGCUGUCAGUAUCACCUUUUUGUAACUAAUUUAUAUUGUGUUCUUGUAGUCUUUAUAUAAUGCAAAAUGUCACACAGCUGAGAACCAACUGAGUCGGUAUACAUUUUCUUUUGCUGUGAAGGUUCUCACUUUAUUUCACCUAUGCUAUUUAUAUAAGACUUGGGCAAUACUGAUAGAGGCUAAGUGGAGUGUCUCAUGUAAAUACUUUCAUACUGGAAAAUUAAUUUCAUAGAAUAAAACAUAGCAGAAAUAACUUCUAAUAAAUAGAACUCUUCACAUUU